AGGAAGAGCGGGCGAGAAGGUGAGGCCUCGCGAGACUUGGAGGCCGAGGGGGCAGCGCGGCCGCCCUCGCUCCGCCCCCGCCGCCAUUUGACAGCGGGGCGGGCGGCGGGGCCUCACCCGGCGCCGGGCGCUGCCGGAGCCGCCGGUCAUGAAAAUGAGUUGCACAAUUGAGAAAGCCUUAGCAGAUGCUAAAGCGCUGGUGGAACGGCUACGGGAACACGACAACGCUGCAGAAGCUCUUAUUGAACAGACUACAGCUCUUAAUAAACGGGUUGAAGCAAUGAAGCAGUACCAAGAGGAAAUUCAGGAGCUCAAUGAAGUAGCAAGACAUCGUCCUCGGUCUACUUUAGUGAUGGGUAUCCAACAGGAAAACAGGCAGAUCAGGGAAUUACAACAGGAGAAUAAAGAACUACGCACAUCUCUUGAAGAACAUCAGUCUGCUUUGGAACUCAUCAUGAGCAAGUACAGAGAACAGAUGUUCAGGUUGCUUAUGGCAAGCAAAAAGGAUGAUCCAAGUAUAAUAAUGAAAUUAAAAGAGCAACAUUCCAAGGAACUACAAGUGCAUGUGGACCAAAUUACAGAAAUGGCAGCAGUAAUGAGGAAAGCCAUUGAAAUUGAUGACAAGCACGGCUGUAAAGAGCAGGAACGUAUCAUUCAGCUUGAACAAGAAAACAAAGGCUUGAGAGAAAUUCUUCAGAUAACCAGAGAAUCAUUCCUGAACCUUAAGAAAGAAGAUGCAUCAGAGAGCACUUCCCUUUCAGGAUUAGUAACUAGCAGUGAUUUGAGCCUGAGGAAGAGCUAAAGACUGUGGAAGUCAACAAGCUUUAAUUGCACACUUUACAAACGGAAUAUCAGGGGUCACUUGUCAAGCACUUGUUACUGAAUAGGGCACCAGCAGGCUUAUGCAUCUUAAACUUCGGGUUAGUGGCUUUUAUACCGUGUAAAAUAAAUUCCAGUCGGUAUUCUAUAAAUACCGUAGUGACAGAUUAAUUGCCAUAGAUCUAACUGCAGUAGGAAAUGGAGUAAUGCACUUACGGAAUUGGGAAUUAUUUUUAUAUGAAGUCAUUUUACAAAUAAAAUACAUAAUUUCACAUAAUUUAUAUAAAUUAUUGCUCGUACAAAACUUCAAUGCACCUAUUAUACAAUAAAUACAAGACUUAAAGUCUGAUCUCUGGCUAAAAGAUAGUGGCUGGCUAUGAUUAAUGCAUGAUCCAUAUUUCAUUUUUCCUUUUAGUAAGUUUUUUUAAAUUUAGUGUUUUGCAAGGAGCCUGUUUAAUGGAAAGGGGAAAGAGCUAGCAUAAAGUUGAAGGAUUUCUGUUAGCCACAGGCUGUCCUGUUAAAAUAUAAGGCCGGUUGCUUAAACAUAGGCAACGCUUUUGCAGUUGUAUUUACCUUCUGAGAGAAAACCAAGCUCAGUUCUCUGUAGGUGGUGAGCUGCUGUAGUCUCACGUCUUUCUUUGGAGAUUGGCUGCCCAAACUGGGAAACAGCAAUUUGAAAGCGCUCUAACUAUAGUAGGAGAAAGAUAAUUGGGAGAAAGAGGAGAGAAGUUCUAUGGAAAAACUGGCAGCCUGCACACCGGCAAAUAUUCUUUUCCCUCUUUAAGUACUAAAUAGUCGAGAAGCUUUUUACAUUUUCACUGCGAACGUUCAAUACGUUACUCUGACAAAAAGACUGCUCACUUUUAUUCCUGAAAUAGCUGCGGAAGUGAAAAGGAAUUAGCACUUCUAGGACAAGAAGUAGCUUGCAUUGUGUGCAUGUACACCAGAAGUGCUUCAUAAGACAUACUUGCAGUAAAAGAGGUGCUGAAAUAAUUCACGUUUGGCUUUUGUCAGACUGCUUCUGCUACUUGUUCAAAGCGCUAAGGCCGUUGCUAAGACUGAUGUGUAUGACCACAUUGUGUUCAGCGUGUUGCCGUAUUCUUUACUUGGAGUGCAUACCUGAAGUACAGCGAAAGCUUUCAGUCACAGAAGACUGUAGACCUACAAAUGGCAUACACGCUUUGGUACUGGGGCUGUUGAACAACUUACCUAACAAAAUGAGUUGAGGUACUCUACAAUCAAAUGCGCUAUCAAAUGCGGCAGCAUUGACUCAGUAAACCCUCCAUAGACUCGAGGUACAUGCAACAAAAGGUCUAAAAUGGAAUGUUACAUUCCUAGUGGAUAGAGUUACUUACAGGGAGCUUAAUAUUUUUUGCUUUGGUAUUGUCACAUGCUGCUUUAUGAGAAGCGAGUGGAGUGGUGGGAAAAGCAUGUAGCAGAAAAUAAAUGCUGAGUUUUUAUUAAUUAAUACAUCUGCCAAGAAACGCAGCUGGAACGAGAGCUCAGGAAGGACAGGAAUGAAGCUCUCCAGCAUUCUACAGCAUUUUUUUGUAGUUGGGGAAAGAGCUGCUUCUUCUACCAGAGCAUCAUAGCUUUUUCUGAAGAUUUAAGAACUUAUUGAGGACAUUCAUGUGCAUGAAGGUUUUAACCCUUUCCAGACUUGAAGGUUUUAUUUUCAGAAUACUUUAUCUCAAGCUCAAAUUACACUUGUCUGCUGUUACCUAUAAAACUUUACGGAUGCUUACGUAAUUUAGUUUUUUGCAUUUCCGCUGUAGCUUGCAAGCUGGUGACUUAUCAGAAGCAACAUCUGUUUUAAUGCAGUAUGUUUUGUCACUGCAAACUGGGAAGAAAUUCUGGUUUCAGUUUUUUCUACAAGUGUCUUUUCAGCUGUUGACUGGUAUCAGAGAUAUUCACAUCCGUUCGAUGCUGAAUGCAGUUCCAUGGCUGACUUUCUGGUUUGUCUCCAGUACAGUCUCCAGAGUGUAUAGCAGAGAAGGGUUGUUAGUCUGUGGCAGUUCUUUACGGUUGCUCUAUUAUGAAAUAAUGCUUGAUUAGUGUUUAUUUUUGUAAAUUAAGAAAUGUGACUUAAUUUAUCUACUCCUAGUCUUCACAUUUGAUACGUCUCCCCUUCCAUUCCCUUGACCUGAUCACUUUAGGAUUUUAAAGAGCCUUCACGUUGUGUGGAGUGACUAUUUUUCAUUGCAUACCUGUUAUUUUUGUAAUGCAGAUAGCUUGAAAAGAAUUUAUGGCUAGAAUUGUGUACUGUACAGUAAACUUAUUUUAUCAAUAAAGUUGACUGAAAAUA